CCUUCUGCGACACUCUCCUCCUAUAUGACAACAUAUAAAAGUAUGCUGCAGCUUCCCUUGCCAACAGAGACUUCCUAACAGCUGUUCACAUUGUUGUAUACAAGAGUGAACCUGAACCAGGCACAGUUUUUUGAGGCAAUUAAGCUUGAAACAUGUCAAACACAGGAUUUCCUGCGUAUGUAUGUUUGCUUGUUGCCUGCUGCUUCUGUUGCAGCGGAGCUAUGCCGACUAAAGUCUAUCAGGAGGCAAUAAACGACAGACCUGUGAUCGGUAUUUUGACCCAGUUAGUUUCAGAUAAAGACAUGAGACCUUUUGGGAGGACCUACAUACCCGCCUCCUAUGUGAAAUACAUCGAGUCCGGAGGCAGCAGAGUGAUGCCCAUCAGAUUGACUCAUACUACUGCUGAAUAUGAAAACAUCUUCAGGAAGAUAAAUGGGUUGCUCUUCAUUGGGGGAGCUGUAGAUUUGGUGACAUCAGACUAUGCCAGGGUGGCAAAGAUUUUUUACAGACUUGCUCUGAAGGCCAAUGACAGAGGGGACUUCUUUCCCAUCUGGGGCACCUGUAUGGGUAUGCAGCUCCUGACUGUGUUGGUGUCUGGAGAAGACCUGCUGAAAAACACCACAGCUGAGAACAUUGCAAUGCCACUCAACCUCACCACAGAGGCCGGCUCCAGUCGGAUGUUUGCAGGUCUCUCCGAUGAGCUCAUGAAGGCUUUAACCCAAGAACCUCUGACAGGCAACUUUCACCACUUUGGGAUAACAGUCGAGACUUUCCAGGAAAACGAGAAACUGAAGAAUUUCUUCUCUGUGUUGUCUACAAAUGUUGCUGAGAAUGGAGCCGUCUUUAUCUCAACAGUGGAAGGUAAAAGAUACCCCUUCUAUGGGGUACAGUGGCACCCCGAGGUGAAUCGUUUCCAGUGGGACAGAACGCUGAACUUUCCUCACUCCCCCCACGCUGUUCAGUUAUCUGCUCAGCUGUCUGAGUUCUUUGUUCAAGAAGGAAGGAGAAGUUUACAUCGGUUUGACAAUCCAGAGGAAGAGGCCUCGUCUCUCAUUUAUAACUACACGCCUGUCUAUGCUGCAAACUUCACAGGAUAUGAGCAGAUCUACUUCUUCUGAGCAACUCACUGCUCAGGCUCCUAACAGCAAGAUUGAUUUCAGCCACAGAGAUAAUUUCAUCAAAGCAAGCAUAGCGUUCUGCACCAGAACUUGUUUUACCAACUUAGAAAGCUUGCAUCUGAUGUUUUUGCAGAUGUUGUGCGUCAUUGGAUAAAAAUGACUUGGGUUUUAUUUGUCAUUUUAAACUAAAAAGUAUUUUUUGUAAAACAUGUAGGUGGAUUUUUUAAGGAAAGGAAGAGUGAGGUGCUGUUUUAAAGGGGUCAUUUUGUCAAGCAUCAUCUCUACCAUUGAGUACAGUAAUGGAUCUUCUCCACUUAAUUUCUUUCUUGUUAAUUAUGAGCUUUAAUCACUUAAAGGGAGUUUACAGUCUGCAGCUUGAGACCAAAAUUUGAUGAGUUUGCUAUGCUGGCUGAUUAUAGUUACUUUUUGAUGCAAUAUAUUAAAAGAUGACUACAAUUUUUAACAAAGGAAAGAAUGUAAGCUGAUUAUCUCACCACUCGGUCUGUUUAGUAACACGUCUUGCGCUCCUAAUCUCACCACAUGAUAUUCAUCAGUAGAUAAGUUUCCAUAAAAUAGAUGUUGGGUGUUAUUCUUUUCUGAGCUUUUACAUGGACUUCUUCUGCAGUCAAAAAUAAAGAUCAAAAGUUCAAGGUUGA